AUGCCCGCCAUUGACACUCCCCUCCCUGUCGAGCUUAGCGAAGAUGUUCGAGUCUUAGGCUACGACCCUCUAAUUCCUCCGGCACUGCUUCAAAGCGAGAUUCCAGCUUCCCAAGCCUCUAUGGAGAUCGUAGCCAAAGGUCGGAGGGAAUGCAAAGAAAUUAUUCAUCAGCGCGACGACAGGCUCCUCGUCAUGGUCGGACCAUGCUCUAUCCACGACCCCGCCACAGCCAUUGAAUACGCUGGCCGACUAAAGCAGCUCGCUGAGAAGCUGUCAUCCGACUUGUGCAUCAUCAUGAGAGCCUACCUCGAGAAACCACGCACUACCGUCGGCUGGAAAGGUCUCAUAAACGACCCGGACAUCGACGAGUCCUACAAGAUCAACAAGGGCCUGCGGGUUUCGAGACAACUCUACGCCGACCUCACAAACAUGGGCAUGCCAAUUGCCAGUGAGAUGCUCGACACAAUCUCCCCCCAAUUUCUUGCCGACCUCAUCUCUCUCGGUGCCAUUGGCGCCAGAACCACCGAGUCACAACUCCAUCGUGAGCUUGCCUCCGGUCUCUCCUUCCCAAUGGGCUUCAAAAACGGAACCGACGGCUCGUUGAGUGUGGCCAUCGAUGCAGUAGGCGCAGCCGCUGCCAAACAUUACUUUAUGGGUGUGACCAAACAAGGUCUCGCCGCCAUCACCAAGACCAGCGGUAACGAGGACGGAUUCGUUAUACUACGAGGUGGAUCCAAGGGUACCAAUUACGACGCUGAGAGUGUCCGAGCUGCGAGAGAAGCCUUGAAGAAGAAAGGACAGAGAGAAGUCAUGAUGAUCGACUGCUCACACGGCAACUCGAAAAAGAAUCACAAGAACCAACCAGGUGUAGCCCAGACCAUUGGCGAUCAAUUGAGACAAGGUGAAGAUGCCAUCGUGGCAGUCAUGAUCGAAUCAAAUAUCCACGAGGGCAACCAAAAGGUACCGCCUGAAGGUGGUCUUGCCAACCUGCAAAAGGGUGUCAGCAUCACCGACGCUUGCAUCAACUGGGAAACCACAGUGGAAGUGCUCGAGCAGCUUGCCGAUGCCGUCAGAGCAAGACGAGAAGUCAAAGCGAAGCAGCAGAAUGGCACCAAUGGUGUGAACGGACAUCACUGA